CCUCCGCGGACAGAGGGCCGGGGCUCGGACGCGGGGACCCCGGGACCGAGGGCGCACGGCGGGGCGCGCGGAGGGGCGCGCGGAGGGGCGCACGGAGGCACGCACAGGCCUCGCCAGCCCGCGGAGGCCGCCGCGGCUCCGCGCCCGCCAUGGCAGAUCAGGCCUUUGUGACACUGACCACAAACGACGCCUAUGCCAAAGGUGCCCUGGUCCUGGGCUCCUCCCUCAAGCAGCAGGGGACCACCCGGAAGCUCGUGGUGCUCACCACCCCACAGGUCUCAGAUGCCAUGAGGAAAGCCCUAGAGACGGUCUUUGACGAAGUCAUCACGGUAGACGUCCUGGACAGCGGUGACUCUGCGCAUCUGACCCUGAUGAAGCGGCCCGAGUUGGGGGUCACACUGACGAAGCUGCACUGCUGGUCCCUCACCCAGUAUUCCAAAUGUGUGUUCAUGGAUGCAGAUACGCUGGUCUUAGCAAAUAUCGACGAUCUCUUCGAGAGAGAAGAAUUGUCAGCAGCACCGGACCCAGGGUGGCCCGACUGCUUCAACUCCGGGGUCUUCGUCUAUCAGCCCUCGGCUGAGACAUACAGCCAGCUGCUGCAUCUAGCUGCCGAGCAGGGCAGUUUCGAUGGAGGGGACCAGGGCUUACUCAACACCUUUUUUAGCAGCUGGGCCACGACGGAUAUCAGAAAACACCUGCCUUUCAUUUAUAACAUGAGCAGUAUCGCCAUCUACUCCUACCUCCCGGCGUUUAAAGCGUUUGGCGCCAGUGCCAAGGUGGUGCACUUCCUGGGACGAGUGAAGCCAUGGAAUUACACUUACGACCCCCACACCAAAAGUGUCCACAGCGUGUCCCAGGACACCCCCGUGACGCACCCGGAGUUGCUCAGCCUGUGGUGGGAGCUCUUCAGCACCUCUGUCGCUCCUCUGCUGCAGAGCCUGGGCCUUAUCCACGACCCGGGCUCCUACCUAAGUGUGGAGCAGGUCUCAGGAGCCAUCUCACACCUGUCCCUCGGGGAGGUUCCAGCGGUGCCCCAGACCUUCGCAUCCUCAGAAGAGCGGAAGGAACGGUGGGAGCAAGGCCAGGCUGACUACAUGGGAGUGGAUUCCUUCGAUAACAUCAAGCGGAAACUUGACACUUACCUCCAGUAGAAGCACUGCCAUUUUCUGUGGACAGCCAUCUCAGGCACUUGUUUCUGACACGGCACGUAGUUUCUAGAGCUGGGUUGCGAGAAGUCUGUUACAGUUGUAGAGGCUUGCACUUACUAGAUGAAGGGUUUUGCAUGAUGCAGGUGAGAACCGGGCAGAAGUUGUGAGUUAUUUCUGUUGUAGGGCAGUGCACCAUCCAUCAUCUCACGCUUCCCGGCGAGUGUUUGCAGCUCUCAGACUUGCUGUACACAUUGGCUCUCUCAUUUAGCUCAUGGUUCAGAAACUCCAUUAUGCUGACUGUAGUCCAGGGUGAAGGAGACCUGGUAUCACACCAUGAAGAUGGCUAGAUGAACGCUAUAGUGUUUCAGAUCCAGGCUCUAAGUCCUCCCUUUACGAGGCCCAUCUCGCACUUGCUCCUUAUACCUUCCCUUCUGGGGACCUGCAUUUUGGAAUUGCCUUUAGUAGCACUGCCAAGUGAGUCACAGACAAAUCUACCCACAAAUGGCGUUAACCUAUUGCUUCUUAGUGCACCAGUAUUCUAUGCACCGCGAGGCAGCAUGUGGAAAAGCUUUUGUUCAGUUCUGGGUAUUGGAAGAUAGAGGUAUGUUUUGAUGGUUCCCUGCAGUAGCAUCCUGUAUGAAAAAUAAAGACUUAUCAUGGUA